CUAUAGAGUCAGCCGAUAAAUAAAAGCUGUCAGUCGGCAACAGCAGCAACAAUGAGUGGGAAACUCUGCUUUAAACACUAAAAGUGUCUCAUCUUCGGAGUAUGUGACAUUGCUGAAUUUAACAGUGUCGGUAUUAUUAGUAUGAAGAAUAAAACGAAGCCAGAGUUUUGGAAAACGUUCAAAUUCCAAACCACGUCAACUCAUCUGUCGUGGCACCUACGGGAGUCUGAGUGUGGACACAAAGAGAGCGACAGAGAUUUAAAAUAUCAGGCUUUCUUACAGAAUGGACUCAGACUGCCUCCCUGCAUCCGCAGACUCCCUGCUGUUUGAUCCGGUUCCUGUUCAUGGAGCCUCGGGGGUUGAGGUCAGCAGUCUGGCUGCAGCAGCUCUGCCAGGUUCAGAGGCAGAGGAUCUGGAUUCGUACAAUCCGAUCGAGCCUCCACCCUUAGACUGGAGGUCAGACACCUCUAGCGAAGCUGGUUCAGCAGACGAUCUGGAUGAUGCCAGCCUUCCCACCUCAGCUGACUGUCUCGACAAGGCAGGUCUGGGUGAGUCAGUAUCGCUUCCUUUGGUUGAGAGAGACAUUUUGACUCCAGUCGACGUGAACCAGCUGGAUCUUGUAGGAAACGUUAAACAGCCUGCUGAGGAUGUCGAGGCGAAAUCGACAGACGAGGCUGAAGCAGGUGCGGGACUAUUGAGGGCUGAGGGCUUUAAGGACGCAGAGGAAGAUCAAGCAGUGGUGACAUUGGGGGAUGUUGAGAACAAGAGAGGUGAAGAGGAGGCUGCUGAAAGGAGAUCAAAUGAUGAAGACCAUAUGCAUAUCCACACCCUGCUCAGUCAGCUCCAACUAAUGGAGGAAGAGCCGCAUCCCAGUCAUCGGAUGCCAUCAAAUCAUCAUUACUCCAGGCGGUCUGAGCUGGAAGCAUGUGCUCCUUCUUCAAUAAAAGAGGACAGCGCUGAAACCAAAGGGCUGCUCUUCUCUGAAAGCCACCAGAGAGACCUGCUGGGGAUGCUGCAGUGCACAGAGAUAGGCGCUACACCCCGUCCUACCUCUCUGCCGCACAGAGGGGACGUGGACGCUGUGGUGUCAGUUUCCUACAGUCGGGAGGAUGCACAGAGGUUCUGGAGGCAUCACGGGAAUGGUCAACAACAACGGCACAGGGAUGACUCCCUCACUUCACUGCCUGAUGAUGAGUAUCCCGAGCCAGUGUGGAUGAAGCUGGGAGAGCAGCCUCCAGAGGAAGAAGCUACUGCAGAGAGCGAGCAGAGUGCUGAUGACCAGCCUUCAUAUAAAGAUGUGCCUGGUCCUUGUGAUCCUGAAGACCUUUUGGAUGGAGUGAUUUUUGGUGCCAAGUAUCUUGGCUCCACUCAGAUCAAAUCAGAGAAGAACCCGUCUACAAACGCUCGUAUGGCCCAGGCUCAGGAGGCUGUGGACCGAAUAAAGGCUCCAGAAGGAGAGUCCCAACCAAUGACAGAAGUGGAUCUGUUCAUUUCUACUCAAAGAAUCAAAGUGCUCACUACUGACACGCAGGAAGCCAUGAUGGAUCACGCUCUGCAGAUGAUCUCUUACAUCGCUGACAUCGACAACAUCGUGGUCUUGAUGGCACGAAGGAAACGUAAAGGGCAAGAUGGUGACAAUGACCCAAACUCUUCGUCAUCAUCCGCGAAGAAGUGCUUGAUGAUCUGCCAUGUGUUCUCCUCUGAGGAUGCUCAGAUCAUAGCCCAGGCUAUCGGGCAGGCGUUUGGAGUGGCUUACCAGCAGUUCCUCCAGGCCAACGGCAUCAAGGCCAGCGAUCUGAGGCCCGGCGAGUACAGCGACUACCUGGAAAGUCAGGAACUCUACAACGGAGACUUGGCCCACUUCUCUGACUCUCAAAACCUCAGAGAAGUAAUCAUGACCAAGGCUCCGGGGGAGAUCUUGGGACUGGCGGUGGUGGAGUCGGGCUGGGGCUCUAUCCUCCCCACAGUGGUGGUGGCCAACCUCCUCCACGGAGGCCCGGCUGAACGCUGUGGUGAGCUCAGCAUCGGGGACCGCAUCAUGUCCAUCAACGGGACAAGCCUCGUGGGUCUGCCCAUCACCACCUGCCAGAACAUCAUCCGCGAUCAGAAAAGCAAGAAGUAUGUGAGGCUCAGCAUCGUCCACUGUCCUCCCGUCACCAUGGCAAUUAUCAAGAGACCAGAUCCAAAAUUUCAGCUGGGCUUCAGCGUGGAAGAUGGCAUUAUUUGCAGUCUGAUGCGGGGUGGUAUAGCAGAGAGAGGAGGAAUCCGCGUCGGGCACCGCAUCAUUGAAAUCAACGGGCAGAGCGUCGUUGCAACGCCCCAUGAUAAGAUCAUCCAGAUUCUGACAAACGCUGUAGGGGAGAUCCACCUGAAGACGAUGCCAGCUUCAACGUAUCGACUGUUAACAGGACAAGAGCAGCCAGUGUUUCUCUGAGCACUUCCUGUUUCACCUGGACAAAAAUUCUUCAGUAUUCAAACUUCAUGAGCUUUUGCCAAACUGAAAAUAUUAUGCAAGUGUGUUACAGGCUGUUGUGACACCACUGAAAGCUGCAAACCGGAUCAGUUUUGCAUGUUUUUAGGACAAUAAGAACAUCUGAAUAUGAAAGUGCGAUUUUAAAAUGACAGGGAUAGACAAUAGCUCUUCAUUUGUAUUUAUCACAUAUUUACAUUUCAGGCAGUAGCUGAGAUGCAGUAAUGCUUUUUUUACUUUGCUUACGUACUUAGUGGUGAGCAGCAUCAGAAACACUGUACUUCAUUAGUCUUCCAGCCUGUCGUAUGGCACCAGUGUGCCUGAGGUAAAUUUGCUUGAAGAGGGGGACCUCGCUGAAUCAGGACAAAGGGUCUGUGGCUGUCAUUGUGAUGUACUUCCAGCCCCUCACAUGCACAUACAUUAGCUUCUCUGACUGUGUCGAACAUGAAGCAGAUAUGCAACAUUAAGAAACUGCCUUAUUUGAUAGAGAGAUUCAUAUAUUUUUAAGAUUUUACUGUUCUCGACGUUCAUUAAAAUGAUCU